UUACACAUGCUUUGUCUGCAGGGAAGCUCUCCUGGAUUUUACAAGCACUGGCCCCCUCACCUUUUCCCUUCCAGCUGUUGGGGGCUCAGCUAAGUGACCACACAGGAGAGCAGUGAGGCCAUUUGAGGCCUGAGCUUGGUUCUCAGGACUCGACUCUCUCUCCCUACCAUCAAGCAGCCCGCCCCAGUCCUGCCAGCCAUCUCCACACUCCUCUGACAGAAUGAAUGCCCUCGAUGGUGUUCCCUUCAAGUUGCCCAAGGGCUUUGUGAUAGGCACAGAGCCUCUUCCUGGGCCAGAACUCAGCGUCCCGCCCUGCGGGGAGCUUCUGCUGGGUUCUAUGCACGACUUCAGCCUGGAGAGGAGGGCACUCUUCUGGGUGGAGGCCGCCGGCCAGGGACCCAGCCCGUACCAGUGCGGUGACCCGGGGACAGCGUCGGCCCCUCCAGCCUGGCUCCUGCUAGUCAGCCCCGAACAUGGGCUGGCGCCUGCCACAAUCAGAGACCAGGAGGCCGGACACCAGGAAAGGCCGGAGGAGGAGGGUGAGGACGAGGCAGAAGCCUCUUCUGGCAGCGAGGAAGAGCCGGGCCCACGCAGCCUCCAACCGGGCUCUCCGGCCAGCCCCGGCCCCGGCCUACGGAGCCACAAGCCCACGGUCGCGUCCCUCAGCCCGUACACUUGUCUGCCACCUCCUGGGGGGGCACCCCAGCCUCUCAACCCCUACAAGUCACACCCUGAUACUGCGGCUGACCUGCUAUCUGCCCUGAGCCAGGAGGAGCAAGACCUCAUUGGGCCAGUGGUCGCCCUGGGAUAUCCCCUGCGAAGGGCCAUCAUAGCUCUGCAGAAGACAGGGAGGCAGAGCCUGAGCCAGUUUCUCAGCUACCUCAGUGCCUGUGACCGCCUGUUACGUCAGGGAUAUGAGGAAGGCCUGGUGGACGAGGCCAUGGAGAUGUUCCAGUUCUCCGAGAGCCAGGCAGGGGAGUUCCUGCGCCUCUGGGAGCAGUUCAGCGACAUGGGCUUCCAGCAGGACCGGAUCAAGGAGGUGCUGCUGGUCCAUGGCAACCGCCGAGAGCAAGCCCUGGAGGAGCUGGUGGCCUGUGCCCAGUGACCACGGAGGCACUCCACGAUGCCUGGGCGUCCAGGCCCAGUGCCAGACCUGGCGACCCAUCCUAACUGUAUUAUUAAAACCAAGCAAGAGUAACAAAGUGAUGCAUGCUUAUUGUAAAAACACAAAUAAUGCCAAGGGUGACAGUUAACAGCAGCAGAAUCUGCUGAAAGAGUUGAAAUGGUUGCCUCUGCAGAGGGGCAGAUGGGACAGCCGGACGGGGAGCUAUGUUCUUCAUGCAUGCCUGUGAAACCACCUGAUUUGACUCUUUACACUGUGUGCAUUAGUAACCUUGAUUUUAAGAAAAUUAAAACCAAUAAAUAAUGGGCA